UCACUUGUCCGGAUUUGCUGUGCGCUUCACUGGAAAUUGCUACAUUGGUACAAGUCGAUGAUUUGUUAGUGCACGUCAUCAGACCUACUUGCUUGCUUGUUGCCUAUUUGACCGAAGUGGAUCUGUACGUAAAAAAAGAAAGAAAAACAAAGAAAAUCAAACAAACAAAGGUUAACCAACAGAAAGAGAACCGGCAGCAUUUGCUCUCUCAUACGUUUAGCAUAGGCUACGGUUCGAGCUGUUUGUUUGAGCAAUUUGAGGGCAACAACAGCUAACGGAACAUGGCUGGUGUGAUGACAGGUUUUGGUAACUUCACUCACGCCGUUGUACGAGCUAUCCCCUCAUCCCUUGCUAAAGAGGCACUGAGGAUGAACGUUUUGGACGUGGACCUGGUGAAAGCUCAGCGGGAGCAUGAGGUAUAUGUUGGGGUUCUGAAGCACAAACUCGGGCUGCAGGUGAUAGAACUCCCCGCCGAUGAGUCACUCCCGGACUGUGUGUUCGUGGAGGAUGUCGCUGUGGUUUGCGGUGACACCGCUCUGAUCACCAGACCCGGGGCAGAGAGCAGAAGGAAAGAGACAGAGGCCAUGCGGCGAGCUCUGAAGGAGCUGGACCUAAACAUCGUUGAGAUGUCAGAUGAGAACGCCACUCUGGACGGAGGAGACGUCCUCUUUACAGGUAGAGAAUUUUUCGUGGGGCUUUCCAAACGCACCAAUCAGAAAGGAGCAGAGAUCCUGGCCGAUGUGUUCAAGGACUAUGCCGUAUCCACUGUCCCUGUCACUGAUGGCCUACACCUGAAGAGCUUUUGCAGCAUGGGAGGACCAGGCCUCAUCGUGAUUGGCACCAGCGAACCGGCUCAGAAAGCCCUGAAGAUCAUGCAGCAGAUGAGUGACCAUCGCUACAACAAGCUGACGGUGCCUGAUGACAUUGCAGCCAACACCAUCUACAUGAACCUCCCCAGCAAAGGCCAUGUACUGCUACACUGCACCCCAGAGGAGUUCCCAGAGAGUGCCAAAGUGUUUGAGAAGCUGAAGGACCACAUGUUGAUCCCAGUGUCGAACAUGGAGAAGGUCAAGGUGGACGGAGCCCUCACCUGUUGCUCCGUUCUCAUCAACAAGAAGCCCAAAGUCUGAUCUGAGCAUGCUCCGUUAGGGGUCUCUCAGGCAGACCUGGAUUCAAAUACUAUACUUGAAAUCUUUCACAUACUUUGAUGUGCCAGGAGAGCGGGGUUUGCAAUUUUGGAACUAUACUAUUGGGCCAUUGUUAAGCCAGGCAAGCUUAAUCAAGCAGACAAUGUAUUUAACAUGAUUCUGAAUAGUAUUUGAAACCAGGUCUGCUCUCAGAGCAGGGUCAGCCCACUGCUGCCCCCUUGCCAGAAACAAGUCUGCUUGUGUUACCCCUCGAUAACAGAAUGUUAUCCAGGCUACCCCCCUCUGAAAGUGUCUGUUUCUGCUGUGUUACCCCUCGAUAACAGAAUGUUAUCCAGGCUACCCCCCUCUGAAAAUGUCUGUUUCUGCUGUGUUACCCCUCGAUAACAGAAUGUUAUCCAGGCUACCCCCCUCUGAAAGUGUCUGUUUCUGCUGUGUUACCCCUCGAUAACAGAAUGUUAUCCAGGCUACCCCCCUCUGAAAAUGUCUGUUUCUGCUGUGUUACCCCUCGAUAACAGAAUGUUAUCCAGGCUACCCCCCUCUGAAAGUGCUCAUGUGUCAAUCAUUCCCUGUGCUUACUGGUCAAUGUUUACAACCCUUUAAAACAACCACGUACAAUAGAACACUGGAGAGGCCAAAAGGAUGGUGGAGGAUCUAUAUCAUGUUACGGUAUAGUGCAGUAUGCGUAGUGCAGGAGCCAGUUUAUGAUGAAUAAACAAAAAGCAAAUCCGCCAAGAUACAUUUCCAAUCAUCUGCUGAUUGCGCUCUCCGUAUUUCAUUUAGGAUUCAAUUCAUCAUGAUUCAUAGUCAUGCCAUGUAACAAGUACAAGUUCUUAUUGAGGGGUGAAAAUGUAUGAAAUCCACCCAGUUAUCUUAAUAAUCUGGAAAUUGGCAUAAUGAGUGGUUCCUCUCUCUGCCACGGAGACCUGAGUGCUCUUACUACAUUAUUGUUGAUUCAAAAAAGAAAUGUAUAUGAUUAUUGAACAGGAAUGUUGAUUGAUCCCUAGCUGAGAUGAUGGUGCUAGUUAUUCCAUUCAGCUGAACAUAGGGGUCAAUUCCUCUUAUUAAACUGUGAUUUCUGACGUCUAAAGCCAGGGUAGGAAACGAAUGACAAAAUGCACAUGCAAUUGUCAUCAAAAAAAUGCCUUUUAAAAACAGUCAUAGGAUGUUCAUUUUCCCACUACCCUGUGUCUUAACCUAAGCUGUUAUGAAGGACUGAGCACUACUUCCCUGCCGUGUAUGACAUGUUUGUAAUGACCAAUAUUUGUAAUUUCUCGUUACACACUUAUAACAUGUCUCAAUUUGCUGUGUACCUCCAUCUUAAGUGGCUUAAUAACUACUGCUGUAUAGUCUAGUCAAGAAGCCAUUAUAGGGGUUUCUUCGAUGUUUUAAAGCCCUUUAUUGUCCCUGUAUUGACUACUGUAUUCUACGGGUAACUGACACAAAUAAAGAAACACUUAAAUGAGGGAUACAAAAGUAUACUGAACACAAAUAUAAAAACACAACACGUAAAGUGUUGUUUCAUGAGCUGAAAUAAAAUGUCUCAUAAAUGUUCCAUACCCACAAAUUUGUUCAUAUCCCUGUUAGUGAGCAUUUCUCCUUUGCCAAGAGAAUUCAUCCACCUGACAGGUGUGGUAUAGCAAGAAGAUUAAACAGCAUGAUCAUUACACAGGUGCACCUUGUGUUUAUUAAACUGUGGGUUGCUACCAUGUUGUUGUCAUGUAGUGUUGCUACCAUGCUGUGUUGUCAUGUGUUGCUGCCAUGCUAUGUUGUCGUCUUAGGUCUCUCUUUAUGUAGUGUUGUGUUGUCUCUCUUGUCGUGAUGUGUGUUUUGUCCUAUAGUUUUAUUACAUUACAUUUUUAUUACAUUUAUCCCAACCCCCAUCCCCGCAGGAGGCCUUUUGGUAGGCCGUAAUUGCAAAUAAGAAUUUGUUCUUAACUAACUUGCCUAAUUAAAUAAAGAUAAAAAAUAAAUA